ACAAGGAAGAACAUUGUCCAAAAGAGUUCUUAAAAGGCCAAUACCUGGUGGCUCAGCAUAAAUAGCCCGUGCGUGUGGGCCAGGGAAGCGCUCAUUUGCCUGGCGACACUGACCCUCGAGGAAGCAAUGGCCCUGCUUCUCCUCUCCGUGCUGGUCCUGCUCACACAGCCUCCAAGGUCACGGUGAGAAGAAGUGACGACCCUUCCCCGGAAACCUUUGAUUGAUGCCUGCACCCUGGUCAUGUGUAGCCCUGUGGAGAAUGGCCUGCCUGGUCGUGAGGGACAAGAUGGGAGAGACGGCCCCCGGGGCGAGAAGGGGGAUCCAGGUUCACCAGGAGCUACAGGGCGAAUGGAGAUGCUGGAUGUCCCCAAAGAGGACAAUAGCUCUGCUGGAGACCCUGGACUGGAUGGAAACUUGGGGCCACCUGGACCUCCGGGACCUGCAGGUGUGCGCGGGCUUGCAGGGAGAGAUGGUCCCUCAAGAAUACAGAGGGAUGUAGGACCCCAAGACAUCAGUGCUCUGUGGCGGCAGCUAGAGGCCUUGCAGGGGCAGGUAAGACGACUGCAGGAAGCCUUCCUUCAGUAUAAGAAAGUGGAGCUCUACCCCAAUGGCCGAGAUGUUGGCCAGAAGGUCUUCAAGACAGCAGGCUUUGUAAAAAGUUUCUACCAGGCAGAGCAAAUGUGCUCACAGUCCGGGGGGCAGCUGCCCUCCCCACGCUCUACAGCUGAGAACCACGCCUUGCAACAGCUGGUCGAGUUGGAGAACAGUGGUGCUGCGUUCCUGAGCAUGACUGACUUUUGGACGGAGGGCAGGUUCACCUACCCAGACGGGGCGUCCCUGGUCUAUUCCAACUGGGCCCCUGGGGAGCCCAACGACGAUAGCGGCAGGGAGGACUGUGUGGAGAUAAUCAGCAACGGCAAGUGGAACGAUGUGCCCUGUGGAGCAAAGCGCCUUGUGAUCUGCGAGUUCUAAGCCCUCCAGGUGGGUGGGGCAGCCGUGGUCCAGGAGCCUGGCCAUGACACGUGUGCUACUGACAUGACAAGGAAGAACUGAGGGCUCUGUGGCCGGGCUUCUGCACAGAGCUCUGGGAUGAGGCCAGCCAAGGGCUCCCAUGGAACUCCUCUCUCAGAAUAAAAUGCGAAACUGGCUUCACU